UUUAGAUGGGAGCGUCUUGACUGCCCUCCUCGGUGAAGACUUGCCAGUUUAAGGCGUAUUUCUGUGCCUUACAUCGCGUCGAAACCACUACACUAUGCUGAAGGGAGCAACAACCAAGUUUUUCUGACAGAAAAUAAUCUCUAAACAGGUAAUGGAUUUCCAAAAGUUGCUCCUCGGCGUGGGUAAAUCGUUGUCCGACGAUGAGGUACAAGCGCUAGCCUUCCUGUGUACUGACCUCCUGGGCAAAAACCCGAACUCCGUGGACUCGUGCAGCGACCUCUUCUCCUUACUCAUGGACGAGGACCUCCUGUCCGAUGACAACCCAGAGCUCCUGGUUGAACUCCUCCUCACCAUCCAGCGUCCCGUUCUCCUGCGUGACUUGGGAUACCCGGUCCAACGCUUGACAUCUGGCAGUCGCAUCUCACCCUACAGGAAGCUGCUGUAUGAGCUGUCAGAGAAUAUUACUGUAGAUGAACUCAAACAGAUGAAGUUCCUGCUAAAAGACAUCCCACGAAGAAAGCUUGAGGAAAAAAAUGCGCUGGGAGUCUUCCUGGAGAUGGAGCGCAUGGACUUUAUAAAUGAGAAUAAUCUUGAUUGCCUUGAAGGCAUAUUCAACUCAGUGUGUCGUGUGUUGAAUGAAAAGAUUCGGCGCUAUAAAGCGGAAAUGCAUCAUCGCCCAAGGUCGUCGUCUUUGCCCUCAGAAUCAAACCAGAUCCCAACGCCUUUCAACAGGACUGGCUCGUUCAAAUAUCCGGCUCCACAACCUCCUGUGGCUUCCAUGAAUUCCUGCAACAUCACCUACGAUGUUAGUUCAGCUGGAAACAUACCUACGGCCGUAACACCUCAACAGGGUAUUGAAGAGAAAAAGGCUUCUUUGGAGUCUCUAUCACCUCUGGAAAUCCAGCCCUCUGAGUCUCAGAAUAAUGUUGAGGAUCUGGAUGAAUACCCAAUGACUAGAGCAAAAAGGGGUAUCUGUGUUAUAGUGAACAACAAUGACUUCAGUGAAUCCAGAAUUCCCCUUAAAGAAAGAGUGGGAACCAUGAUUGAUGAAAAGGCUCUGGAAAAAGUGUUUAAAUGGCUGGGCUUCGAUGUGAAGACUUACCGAGACUAUGAGGCGAGCAAAAUCCAGGCUCUGUUUGAGCACGUCGCUAAAAUGGACCACAGCCAGAAUGACUGCCUGGUGUGCUGUGUUCUCAGCCAUGGCAUGGAGGGCGGGGUGUAUGGCGUAGACGGCAAUACUGUGUUGAUCAAGGAGCUGAUGCGCCCCUUCACUGGACAGACGUGUCUCUCUUUAGUCAAAAAACCCAAGCUCUUUUUCAUCCAGGCCUGCCAAGGCAAAAAUGAGCAGAGACCAAUCCAAACAGACGGACCGGGGGACAAAACCAGCAACGUUUGUUGUGACGCCAAAGUUUAUAGAGAGAGCAUCCCAUGUGCAGCAGACUUCGUGGUGGGAAUGGCCACGCUCCCUGAUUAUGUCUCCUACAGAGAGAGGAGCAACGGCACCUGGUAUAUCCAGUCGUUGUGCCAAAACCUUGCCAAGUUUGUGCCAAGGCGCAUGGACCUUCUCUCCAUCCUCACUAAAGUCAACGAUGAUGUUAGCAAGAGAACCGAUGACACAAAGUUGAAAAAGCAAAUGCCACUACCGUCCUUCUCGCUACGAAAGAGGAUGGUCUUCCCAGUCCCUGAAGAAUCUCCUCCGAUCUUCAAGUGAUUGUUCUGUUGUUUUUGUUUUUUGUUUCUGACAAAUGAAAUCCCCGGAGAUGAUGGGUUUUUGUUUUCCACUGAGUUUACAAUUCUACAUCAGUUUCUGAGUUUUGAAUUAGGUUUAUCCGUUAUUUAAUGCAAAUCCAUUGAGUUAGCUCCUCAUAUGGGACAAAUGGAUUCCUGCUGUCAAACUCUACCAAUUUCAUUAUUUUAACAUACUUUUUGUGCUCUGUUAUUGAUUGAGAUCUGUUAUUGAUUUAGACUUCCUGUCUCCUGUUUCUCAUUUAAAGUGUCUUAUUUUAUUUGAGCGCACGUUUGUGUAUAUAAAGAGCUCCUUUUUUGUUUCAGUACGAGGACAGUGCACUCUUUGCUGUUAUCUAGAAAUAUUAUUGUAUAAAAAAUGUUUGACUUAGAGCGCAUUAUAUUUAAAUGAUCACAAAGAAACAAGCAUAUCAUUACCAAAGCCUUAGUCUAUAUUUUCCUAUGCAAGGUUAUUUCCAGGAUGUGAUUCCCUCUGUCUUUGGCUCAUUGUGUUAUUAUAAAAACUUUUUAAAUUUUAUAUGCCACAACGGCAAAAAAUGUUUACAAAAUGAUAAAUGCAUUCUGUGCCACCGUAGAUACUUAUGCAAAUUGAUUACAUUUGCAAAGGGCUGUAUUGAUAGAUGGGGAUCCUGCUGCUGUGCCUUAUUCAAGAACAUUGCUGUGCUUCAUUAUAAAUGGCACUGUAAAAGAAAUAUGUUGUACAACAAUAAGUGUCUGCUGAACUAAAUGAAUGUAAAAUCAUGGAAUAAAUUGAUCCGGUAAGGAAAAACAUUUA